CACAUUAAUCCCCCUAUGAUUGACAGCAAAGCACUUUAGCAAUUCAGACAACAUAAUUUACUAAUAAUCAGUUAUUCCAAUGUAGGUCAAUUGAUUUUGAUUAUAUAGCCCCCCUCGGUGCACGAUUCUGCAGUGGAUAAGCGAACUUUCACCUUCGUUUGAGAGGCGCUGAACAUAUCUAUAUUCCCACGACUGGGGGUUGGUGUGUUGCUCGCGGGACCCCGGGACGUCCGUUACAGAUUCACCUGGAUUUUUUUUCACCUGAGUUUUAUCUACCCAAUACAGCUGUCAUUUUCAGUAUAUGCUCGUACAGAGAAGGACAGGUUAAAUCGAGAAAAGUUAGGAGCCCUGCCACUCUCGUACUCCACUCAAGACAAUAAUUUAAAAAAUGACUGAAAACAACAAUACAAAGGACCCGGAUACGGGAUUAACGGAAGAAGAAGUGAUUGCUGUUGAAAAUAGUUGGAGCAUGCUCUAUCGCAAAGAACGCAGGAAGGAAAGUGGAGUCAAACUUUUUGUAAGAUUAUUCACACUUUAUCCAUCAGCCAUCGAGAUGUUCCCACAGUUCAGAGGUAGCUCUUUGGAGGAAGUGGGUAAACAUCCAAAACUCCCUGCGCAUGCGAUGUCUGUUAUGUACGCACUGGCCUCCUACGUGGACAACCUGGAGGACGCAGAACUGCUGGUGGAAUUAGUCAAGAAGACAUCGAUCAGCCAUAUUGAACGUGGCGUUAGUUCUAGGGAAUUUAAAUGGCUGACGGAAGUUGUACCGGCCUGGCUAGAUGAAACACUGGAAGACGAAUGCACGGCCCUCAUGAAAUCUUCUUGGGUUAAAUUGCUUAAUGUAGUGGUAGCUGUGAUGAGUGGAGAGGAACAGAACAUGAAAUCGUAGCGACCACUAAUGAAAAGCAACCAAAAGAAGGGUACGAAUAAGAAUUCAAUGCAGAAAUCAGGGAUCCGGAAGUUCAGGAGAUGUGUUUAUAAAUGGUAGCACGUGUUCGAUUAGCCAUGCCAAAAGUCCCUAGUGUUCGUCGUCACUUUUUUGUACAUGUAUAUCAUGAGCUAUCUAUCAUUACGGAAACAUCUGAUUGUAAUUUGCCAUUCUUGGACAAUUUUGCGUACAGUGUUAUUGCAAUAUUUGCUGAAUGUGGGUGAGAUAUAACGAGUAAAGCAAUCGGUAAUUCAGAAAGUUCAUACGUUAGUUUAAAGAGCAUGGGACUAUUGAGGUAUUCUAUAUUAAAAUAUAUUUGAUAAUUUUAUAUAAUUCUUUUUUCAUAAUUAUGCAUCUGUUAAUCAUAUGCUAUUUGUAGUUGUUUGUAGUCGUGGUAUUGUAAGUUUCGUAUUUGUACACAUUAAACUGUAUAUGUCAUUUUGAUAUAUAAUCAUUAAA